AUGGCCGAACACGUUGCAGCGGUGCGGAGAAACGACGCGAGCUCUCAAGUUGCGGCUCAUUCGACGGGUUCCGGCCACACAUUUAAAUUUGACGAGACCGAAAUUCUUGCAAGAGGCGUGGGCCUGGAACUGCUUGUGUCAUGGUUUACUGCCUUCCAGUCUAUUAACAAGUGCAAUGAUCUUCCCAUUCAAUACUCGGUGCUGAGACUUCGCCUAGGCGGAGUAAUUGGCCACGCGGGGAGCGUACAGGUGAAUACUCUUUCCAAUAUCCUGGUCAGCGAGUCAGAUGGUCGAACAAUCAUUACACUAACAUCCAACGCACGUGAUGAAAUUACAGCAAUUAACGACGCGAAUGUCGACCAUCACGCCACGUGCAACGAUCUCUGGUGAAGAGGGGAGACGUGAAUGAUCAUAGGUAUGCGGAAGCAUGGCGACUGUAUCCUAUAAAUACUGCAGCCCCUUGUGCGUGACUCAACCGUAUCUGCUGUGGUCUCUAAUGGUGGAUUCGAGCAGGAAUCCGAAACGUCAUGUUAAUAAAGCUCUUGUCCCGGCGAUCAUGUCUUCUUCUUCAAGACUGCUUCCUAGGACUCGUCUCUUCGCUUCUAGGGGCGUUCUUCCCUUAUUAUCUGGUUGUUCAUUAUGCUCACUGUUAUUAAUUGCCUCCAGACGAAUGAGCUUCGAACGUUUACGUUUUUCGUAUAAAAUAUCCUUAGGUUUUCUCGCCCGAAUUGUAUCUUCUGAGGAAUUUUGCCUUGAGUUCCCUCCAUUUCUCUCGUUCGACCGACGAUAAGUUCCACUUAAAAAUUGUUGGUUGGGCUUCUCGAAGUGCUGGUUUACUGUUCAGCAGUAACAGAGCUUGUUGUUCAUUUUUGAGGACAAAUAUCGAUGAUCGAUUAUGGCUCGACUCGCCCUUCAGAUCCCUAAUUUGUCCUAUUCUGAAAGCUUUCAAGACGGUGGUGUUCUGUUUGUCUUGUAAAAGGUAUUUGAAGUAUUGGUGGAAUAGCUAUAGAUCGUGAUUUAUUCUGUUCUUUGGGAUGUUUAAAGAAGACUCAAGCAUACCCUUAACGAUGAUACAUUUAUCGCUAUCAAUAGGGCACUGUCGUUCAUUUGUAUAUGCAGAGUCUGCGUCGCGAAACUUUUUGUUGUCCAAUUCAGAGAGAGUUGUCAUGGUAUAGCUACCGCAGGGUUACUCGUUUAUCGAGGCUUCUUGGUCAUGUGGUAACUCUUUUGUCAGUGAGGCAUUUGCUUGCAUUCUUUGGGGCCUCUGCCCCCUCCUGCUGACGCUCUGACCUACUUGGUCUUUUUGGGAUACUUUGAGACGUCUCCUCGUUUUUUGAGAUGCCCUUCGGCUAUUUUUCUUUUGCACAUGAGGCAGGUUCUCCGUUGUGAUUGGGUCCGUAGACGGGCUGUCUUAUUUUUCAGGGGCGAACACCGUUAAAGAGGUCGUAUUGGCAGUUUUUCUGGUCAUCUUCUGAAUUUCCGACAUCACCAUCUCUCUCCUUUCGGGUGAAUGGUGAGGAGGUUUUAUCAGCUUCUCCAUCUCAAUUUUUAGAUUCCAUAUAUCCUCCUCCAUCUCCAAGAGUUUAUGAAGAAGUCUAAAACACGACGCGCAGGUUUCGUCCUCGUAUUUAACAUCCAAUAAAAUUAUCAGACUUUUUGCGCGUUUGGCGUGAGGUGAUUUGGCAGCAGGUGACUUAUGGCAGUAGCCAUUUAUACAGCGUCCAUCGGUUAUUUUGUCAUCUUUGUCAAGCUGCCCGCGGAGCGUCAAUGGCGCAGUGAUAGCGACAAUUUCAGCGUAACUCUUGUGCCCAGGUUCGACCCCAGCCCGAGGUGGAACACUUGCCCAAUGUCUGGGGGACCCUUGAUUGACUACCAUUAUUAAGUCAAUAAACUUGAGACGUUUUUAACGGUAUGGAAACGAUUUUAAGCCAGAACAACGGUAUGAAAUAAAUAGCAAGCAACUCAGCCGUUCUUGUAUUUGGGGAAUAUCGCGGUGCAGUUGCCAAAGAUGGGGUCGGAAGGAGAUAGGUUUUUCGGACGAAAAUCCCGUUGCAAUUCUGUGAGAACCGAGGUAUUUCCAAGUUGUCCAGAGUGUCCAGGGUGCUAGGGUGUCCAGCACUCAGGAGAUGUGAAAAAGUUGAGUCCCUCGGAGGUCCAAAAUUUCAAAGCGAAUUCAAACGACGCGGAUAUUACUUUGAAGAAACAUUCAAUGGUAAGUCACAAGCAAAGAUGUCAAAAGAAUAUUGAAUCAUGUAUUAUACUGUUCUUGAGAAUGUGACAUUAUAGAAAUAAUGGUUGACUGUUUACGAUGCUCUAAUAUAGUUGUAUAUAUGUUAAGUAUGGCCUCAAUACAAACGUACGCACAACUAAUAUGCUGGAUUUUAUCGAAAGGGAUGUUAUUAUUAACUCCUUAAGGAAUGUUUAAUUACAGAUGACAGCUGAUGGAAACGAGAAAGGGAGGAACGAAUAUCCCUAUCUGUUCUAUGUUUAUCAGGGAUGCUGUCUUUCAUAAAUUUGAUUGUUUUUAAUGUUAUGCUCCGGUAUUAUUUAAGCGGCUGGUAUCAUUAGAGCCCUCUUGGACCAAAUUGUGUACAAAAGAAUCGACUUGAAAAAUGUCCUGUCUUAUUCAAAAAUAAAUGUGUAUUGUUAUUUGAAAGGAAUUUCUUAGUUUUUAGUUUAAACUCGAUUGAGUUUCAACUUUUCCGGAUAGAACUUUGAAGAGCAUUCCCGAUAGUGGCAUAUCUUAUGGAGUGGAAAUUUGAUCGUAGGGACUUUGUGAAUUUGGGGAUCCUUAUAUUAGCUGCGUUAUUUCUAGUGUUUCUGGGGGCGUUUUGGUUUGUUAGUCAAUUCAUGUUGAGAAUAUCUUGGCCAUGGGUGACCAUGAAUAGAAAGUUUAGACUAUUUAGGAGUCUUCUUGUGCAGAGGGGUCGAAGACCUUAUUUAUGAUAUAGUUUAAAGUAUGAACUGUGGGUGCCAUCACUUCUGGACAAAGAUCUAGUAAAACGUUUCUGGAUGCCUUCUAGUUUCUUUGAGCCGUCUGAGGGUAUUAUGCCGAAGAAAAGUGCGCAAUAAUCUGGGAGAAGAAAAACGUAUACUUUGAAAAGUUGUAUUUUUCGUUCAUUUAAGGGGCAAUUUUUUCAUAUGAAUCCACACUGGCGAGUGGCUUUCGGUGAUAUUUGUUGGACGUGGGGAGAUAAGUCAAGGGUAUUUGUAUAGCUGAGAUUUAAAUCUUUUAUCGAUGGGGCUACCGUUAUCUUAUUAUCCUCGAAUAUUACGGGGGAAGUUUAUGUGGGCCAAAGAUCAGGAGAUGACAUUUUUCGGGCGAGAAGGGCAUCUGCCAUUGACUACUCCAUUUGCCGAAUUUUCGAUUGCUCUGUGAAUAUUAGCUACUGUAUUCCCGUUAUAUGUAUAUGCAAGUUUCAGUUCGUCCCCAUAUAAAGCCUCUUAGUUGAUAGUGAUAUGGAUGAUAAGUCGUGAAUAUAUAUAUGAGAAAUAGAAUAGGAUAGUGCUUUGCAGCACUCCACUGGUAAUGAGGGGUGGUUCCGAGACUACGUUUCGAAUUUGAACCACUUUAUGCCAGUUUUGAAGAUAGGAUUUAACAAAAUCGAGAAGGGGAGGGCUAAUUCCAUGACUUUUUAGCCUUAUCAGUAAUCUUUUUCAGGGGAAUUUGUGAAAGGCCUUAUCUUAGAUCGAAGUUUAUUGAAGCUACUGUGUUUCCGUCAUCUUUAUUGCUGGAAACGAAUUUGAAAAAAGUAAAAUGUCAGGAUUGACAUGACUUUUUGGGUAAAAAUGCAUGUUGAGAGGGGGAAUGAGGUUGACGUUUAUGGGAUGGUCUAGCAAUUGGUUGUAGACUAUUUUUGGAGCAUUUUAGCUAUAGCCGGUGUUCGGAGAACACCACGAUAGUUUUGGGUAUGGGAUCAAUUGCCGCUUGUAAAGAUAUGUGCAAUGGUCGAGUAUUUCCACAUGACCAGUAAAAUCGAUCUUGACUGGAGUAGGAUGAAUAAAUUAGAUAGAAGUAUUGGAGCAUAUGUCAUAUGCUUCAGAAUACAUGGCGGGCUUUUGUCGGUCCCAUAGGAGUUGGCGUUGGAUAUUUGUUUGAUGGCUGCUUUGAGUUUAACGCUUUAACUGUCAUUAAAUACAAUUAUUGUUGGUAUUAGUAGUACUUUAACAGAUUCUUCAUUAAAACGGAUCUCACUAAGGAUGCAUUCUGUCAUCUCGGUCGAUUGGGGGUCGCUCCUUCCUCGACUAUGUAGUUAACGAAGAAGUAUUUAUUGAAUGACAUUGCUAUUUGGUUGUUAUUUGUUAUAACUUGUCCUGAUUAAUCAAUAAUAGUUCGUGGUCCCGACUGUUGAUGGUUACUCAUUUGUUCCUGGGCACCUGAGCUAUUCGGUUAGGGGAUUCUAGUGCCCGAUGUUCUGCUGCUAUGAUCUUUUGUGUUUCCAUUUUCCUAACUAGGUCGUGAAUUUCCUCAAUUUAUCGAAGUAUGGAUAAAUAACUUAAAGAGUGGUUGUGUAGCUGUUUUUUCAGCGUUUUUUUUAGUUCAGUUGAUAGGAAUUGUGGGAUUUGUGGCUUCUUAUACGGGCGUCUUUCGUCUAUCAAGGUAUCUCCAAUGAUGAAUAAGACAGAGUAUAAUAGGUUAACUGCUUCUAUAGAUGAUGUUGUUAGAAGAUACGGGCUCCAGUCUACUGACCUAAUAUAUUUGUGCAUGAGUCGUUGUCAAGUUUUUUGGGUUUAGGCGGGUGUUACUAAAGUCGAUUGCGAGUUUUGAGUUUAAGGGGAACGUUGAUAUUAUUGCGUUGUGGUCAGUUUCAAAGGCUUCUCAAUCGUAGCGCAUAUAGAGGGCCAGAUAUCGUUGGGGAAGAUAACGUCUAGUUUAUUGUUUCAUCAGGUGGGCUUGUCAAAUAUUUGUGUUCAGUCAUUAAUGAUAAGUAAAUAUAACAAUUCUCCGCGCCUGGUAGGUGCCGAUACUUCGACCCUGUUUAGUUCUGUGAGGUUCAGGUCGCCUGUGAUUAUCUUCCAUUCAGCUUUAAUGUUAGCUAUAUUGUUUAUUAUCUGAUUGAGGCUUUUGCCCUCAUUACUACAUUCUGGAGGGGAGUAGAAGCAUCCGACCAGCAUGUUUUCCUGGGUAUGAGAUUUUAUUGUGGAAAAACACGCUUCUCCAGCAAAGGUUUCGGUUGGGACAUCAAUACCACUUUGCUCAUUGUCAGGUUUGGUGUAGAUAAGACAACCUGCCCCUCGUUUACUAACACGGUCCUGCCGAUAGAAAAUAUAAUGUAGAAUAUAUAGCGAGGCGUUCAAUAUAAGUUUAUUUGCCCAUGUUUCUGUGAUGCAAAUUAUAUCGGGUUAUAUAUUUCAACAAAAGUUCUAAGUUGGGAGAUUUUGUUGACAGUCGAUCUCAGAUUUAGAAGAGCUAUCUUUAGGAUGUCAGAUAUGGAAGAAGUGGGCGAAAAAAGGAUUUCUGAGGGUAAUUUGACUGAAUGAUGGACGAAAUGGAGGUAAGUGUGUGGUUCAUGGAGGAUGUGGUGGUGCUUAUGGCGAAAUUUGAUUGCAUGGGUUGGUGUGUAUGGAUUGAGUGUACGUGUGAGGAGAUGGGUUAACUAGAUGGUAAUUGUAUCUAACUUGAGUUUCUUUUGGGGAGGUGUAAAAGCCGAAGUAACUUGUGGGGUUGUCAUUAGGUGGUAGGAAGUUUGGAAUGCUAUAGUGGUUUGGCUUAUUCCUAUGCCAUGCACGUGGAUUUUGGUGGGUCGAUAUACAGUUAUAAGUCAGUUUAAGUCAGUUUAUAAGGGGAUAAGGCUUUCGCCCUUGAGCUCCAUAUUCAUAUCGAUAAACAAAAAUAGAAUCAAUAAUUACAUCAGCAAAUGCGGACACUGAAAAGUUAACAGUACGUGUGAGCCAGGCGAAAACUGCCGCUGCCAAAACAAUCGUGAUUGUUUGUACAGUAGUUUCUCAACAAAUGAGCAUCUAGUGUACACUUAACUGAUUCGAGAGUUUCGGAAAGAACCACCGCAUCAGGGAGUCCGUUCCAUGUCCCAAUGACCCUGUGAGAGCAGGCGUUCCGUCGGACUCCCGAAUGGGCCAGCUUCCUAUGAAGUUUGAAGAGAUGACCACGCAGGCGGUCAGUCCCGACCAAUUCGAAGAAUUCAUCAAAGUCUAGGGCGCACUCAUGGCCUUUGACAAUACUGUAGGUUUGAAUGAGAUCAACGCGCAGUUGCCUGUAAUUGAGAGGAAACAGAUUUAGUUCAGUCAGCCUGGGUUCGUAAGAGAGAUGAUGAAGAUUCUCGACCAUCUUCGUAGCCAUUGCCUGCACUCUUUCCAGUCGUUGAUAGUCUUUCUUCAACCACGGUCGGCAGGCCUGGACUGCAUACUCUAAGGGAGACCGCACGCAUUCCCCAAAGGUUUUCCCGAACAGCUCCUUAUCGAUCUGCACAAAUCCUCGCCUCGACGGAAAUAACACCCCUAUUGCACUUUUGGCUGUCCCUUGAUACUGUGAUGAUGGUUUCAGUGAGAACGCCAUUUGGACGCCCAGGUCUUUCUGGUCCACAACAUUUUAAAGCGGCUGACCACCAAGGACGUAUUGAUAGGAAUCGUCCUUCUUGCUGGUCCUUUUAGUGCGGAAUCUCAGGACCACACAUUUGUCAACAUUAAAAUUCAAGAGCCAGCGAGCUGACCAACUUUUCAGCGGUUAAGACUGCCUUGAAGCUUUUUUUUCUGGUUAGAGUUUGGAUAACUUCUAUUUGAUCUGCCUACAUACUCGGGACGUUUUGGUUGUGCUGAUGUGCUUAAUAAGGCCUUAUGGUUUUUGUGUUUUGUUUGGCAGUCGAUUUCUAGUACCGGUUGAUCGGUUUUGGGGGGCGUAGUAAAAAGUAUAUUGCUACCUAAUGGUGUCACAUGACUGGGUCCGGCAUCUGCGCCAUCGUCCUGUUCUUGUUGAACGUUGUUUUUCUGUUUUGCCUCCCUCAUUUGGUUCUGUCCAGCAGCCCUAACUGCUUUUGCAGUUACGCGUUUUUGUCAUGAGAACUAGAGUCAGAAGUACUUGCUGGAGGUCCUUCUGCGGGGGCUGUGGGUUUAUCAAUUUGUUUACGCUGGUCUGUGCACUUCUUUUCAUUAGUGCCAGAAAUAGCUGUAGUAGCUAGAGAUUCAGUUGGGGGACCGGAGUGCUGACUAUCUUGUUUGUAAAUGGUCUCUUUUUCCCGAAGUUUAAGUCUUUGCAUCGGCGUAAAAUCUGGACCUAUAAAUGAGUUUAGGUUCCGCAGAUUUCUGUUUAAUACAGGGUUUUGUAGGACAAGCUCAGCUUCGGUCUGUCAGUUACUAAGACGGGUUUAUUUUCGCUUCUAGAGUGAAGUCCUUUGGUGGUAGCUAUGCGGAUGUUUGGGCCACAAAAAUGUAUGUUUUUGAAUUGAUGGUGUCGGGAUAACCGUGUGGGGUAUAUUGCGGAUGCUUAAAUCGAGUCUGCGUUUUAAUCAAGCCGCGACUUCUGAUGAACCCAAACCUAUGAUCAAUUCUAUUUGUGGUAGGCCCGCUAGGCUGUUCGUGAAUGUAUUUAAGUCUGUUAGUGAGUCGAGAAUCGUAAAAAUGUGUCCAUGUUUUUCGAUAAACUUCUGUAAACGCACAAUGGCCGAAUGAUCUACUUUGUCAAAAGCAAACUUAGCAUCGGUCAUCGUUAAUUGGAAGAGUUUAUAGGGAUUUAUGUGCUAUUUUCGGCAGCUAAUAAAAAAUCGAUUGAAAAUUGACGCAGAAAUAUGCCGAAUAUUUAACUUAUAAACAAAUUUUAACUUAUCUCAGAUCUGGGGAUUUCGAACGGUUCUGUAAAAAAGGGCUUAAAAUUAGAAAACAGAUAAGAGUAAGAGUUAGGGUUAGUGUUCGGUUUUAGGGUUGGUGUUGAUCUUAGGUUUGGAGCCUCGAUUAGGUCUGAGUUCAGGGUUAGUAGCUAUGGUUGGAGUUAGUUCCCGGUUUAUAAUCAGGUUUAGGGUUAAGGGUAAGGUUAAGAAACCAGUAGGUAUGAGGACCAUGACGAAGCUUACUGCUUGGAAUGGUCAUAUGGUUUACUUGAUGACUUGAUUUAAGUUUAUUUUCGGGCAAGUCUGAGACGACUGGCGACGUGGACCUGGAUAAGGUAACUUAUCCCGACUAACGAGUUUUGAUUUUCAUUAUCAUACUAAUGAUUUUUUUUCCUGCGAUCCUCUGUGUUUUUUAUAUCAUACUCGUUGGAUUUUACCUUGAUUUGUUUUUUUAGAUUGCCCUCCUGAUUGUCUUUGGUGUUGCGGUUGCUCUCCCUUUCCCCCCGUCUGCUUGGCUACCCACACUAGACUAUUUAACAAGUCACUUAGUGCAUGUUGUCUUGAGUUCAUUCGAGAUGAAGAUUCACAUGCUAUCUCGUAAUCCUUCAGAUUAUCGGCGCGAAACCGCGGACGAUAUAUUCAAAAGUGCGUAUUCUUCCCAGUUUAAUCUUCUUUAGUGCCCCGCAAUUACGAUAUUGCUGAACACCCUUUCGCCUCCGAACGUGAAUAUAUCCGAGCUAUGAAUUCAGCUAAACUUUCGCGUCUAAUGGCCAAACCAUUUUUGGGAUGUCUUGAGGGCACAACCGACAACAUGAGCACAAUGUCACUGAAUACGGAGAAAGUGGGUUUAGCUGUCUUUGGAACCGCUGACGGGAAGGUAUCCGAAUUCUGUCUUCGACCGUCGCCUAUUCUUGCUUCUAGAUCCAGUACUGGGAAAUUGCUACGCGGAGAAGGCUUUAUGAGACGCCUGCUCAUGCAGGAGAGGUCAGAGGCAUAUGCCAAUAUGACAAGUCCCAAUUGAUGUAUACGGUAUGUCUUGAAGAGGAAGUUGCGACGAUCCGUUCUAAACUUCUUAACCUUAACAAUACAUGCUAGAAUCUUAUACGCAGUCAUCUUUAUCACACUGGCGUGAACCUUGGCAUACUGCCACAGCAUUUAAUCAAUGUAUUAUCAACCGUUCCGCACAAAUCAACUACUUUUCACCCAAGCACAUAUAUCGGCGCAUAUAUCGUUAUUUUUACAAAGUCGUUUGUUUGAACUUAAAUUUGGACCGCCACUGUUUGUGUUAUGAAUUUUCUCGCAUUAUUAAGACCGCGUGUGCAUGUAGUGUAGACACAUAGGUCUGCCCGCCUUUUGUAUAAGUGGUCUCCCGCAUAUUUUCAGUGCUGUUUUUCCGAAACUUUUCGCCAAACCAGCUGCGAUACUGCUUGGACGGCAGACGCAUAAGUGCCAUCAUGUGAACUAUCGUUUGACGGUGCGGGUGUUUUCUGACAUGUCAGUGCCCAUAGAACAACAGGAGACAAAAAAUCUGUGUAAGCAAUCUAUGACUUCCCCGAAACGUAUGUUUUGCUGGUAGAAACAACAGGUUGCCUGUGCGCUAUGUACACUAAUCUGGACGCACACCUUGCAUUUCGUAUGAAGUUGUAUCAGGUCGCUUCUCCAGACUAAAUCAUUUUUCCUUUACUUAGUGUGGUUUGGAUAGUCAGUUGAAACAGUGGAAAAUGGACCACAAUGAUAUCGCUUCUUCCUGGAAGGAACCCCUGAAUACAGUUCUGCUUAACUGGACGCCCCUCUGUUUGGAUCAUCAUCCCUCCUCCGAUGCCAUCCUUGUUGGCACGUCAGAGUCCUGUCUCAUUUAUCAUUCUACUAGAAUGGACGUCCCUGUUUUCGAGUGGACUUGGGGUCGCGAGGCCGUCCACCAUGCCUCUUUCAACCCUGUGGAACACAACCUUGUCGGAAUACUCACGAAAGACAACUCCAUAAUUCUUGCAGAUACAAGAGAGGAUCAACCUUUACGGAAGGUAUUGUGACCGAAAAUUCAUUUGUUACUACUGGAGAUAUAGGAUAGUCAGAAGCAUAUCUUUGGUAAUGUCCUCGGCCUUUUAGUCUCUUCUCUUUCCUUUCGGUAGCAACCAGCUGUAACUGGACAGCAGUAUGCCGCCGUCCCUCCUACUUCAACGCUAAGAGCAUGACAAUAACCCACGGUCAGGCUGUUAGGUUUUUGGAAACCUACAUUAAAAGUCCGCCCACCGUCGUAGACGACGUCUAAAUUUCAGUCGGCCUCUACUUGUUAUCACAACAAAAGCAACUUGGCCUAGGCAACCAGAUGACCUGCACAUAUACUUUUUGAUGUAUUAAUUUUUGUCACUAUUAUUGCAAUAUUUAAAUGAGUAUAAAUGCGGCAGUUGGCAACAUAUAAAUUUCACAUCUUUCCUCUCCCGGCAACAUGCCGAAUUUAAACUUUAUGUUUUACUGGCAACUUCUACCUGCGCGGAAUAAGAGUCCUACAGUUUUUACCAUUUAUAUUUUCAAUGGUUGUGUAGUGCCAGUAUCUUUUUUCGAAUGACUGGAUUUGGAGCAGUUUUACACAGAUUUAAAGACAAAAAAGCUGGCCACCUGGGCAUUGAUGAUCCCGGAGUCAGUGGUUCCUGUACACGGCGUCUAUUCCAUGACGUAGAAAGUCCCUGGGGUUAUUGCCAGUUUACUUUUGACUUAUGGACUGUCCUAAGGACUGCAAGAUCUGUUAUGGAUGCAAGGGUUGCCAUCUUAACUUCAGCACCCGCAAGGUACAAUGCAACCGAUUCGCAAAAAAGUGCAAUACUUUAGCGACUCGAAGCUGUCAGUUUUCUUGUGCCAGUUGGCCACUGACGCUUCGGGAAAGUUUGAGUACGGUGACAGAGCGGGGUAGUCAGACGUGUAGCACUGACUUUGCGGAGGAUGAGGGCAUUAAAUCUGGCUUCCCUUCUCUGUCUCCAUUCAUAUCGGUCUCGUCACUGCCUUCUUCUUAUGCACUUUUGAAUACAGGUCAAAAUGAAUUUGAAGUUGAACUCAUUCUCAUGGAACCCAAUGGAACCCUUCAUUUUCACAGCGGCCUCCGAAGAUUACAAUCUGUAUACUUUCGAUUGUCGCUUCUUUAAGCAUCCGAGGAGGGUUUUUAUUGGCCACACAAACGCGGUCAUGGAUGUUGAUUACUCCCCUUCGGGGCGUGAGUUCGCAUCUGCCAGCUAUGAUGACACGGUAGGCACCCGAACAGAUUUGUCAAUGCCUAAUACUGUCACGAUCCAUUACCGGCUGGGAGAUUACGUGAUUUAUUUUUGAUCUUUGCGUUCAGAUUCGUAUUUGGAGUACAGAAACAACGUCUUCCGUUGAUGUGUAUCAUACCCGCCGUAUGAAGCGUGUGCUAAAGAUCAAAUUUACUUUGGACGGUCGAUUCCUCCUCUCAUCCUCCACUGAUCAGAAUGUCCGACUAUGGAAGGCACAUGCAAGCGAAAAGCUUGGAGCGGUAAUAUUGACAUUUAAGAAAUUUCCUUUUGAAUUGCAAGCCCGUUUUUGCAUGCACAGACCUUCAAUUUCAGGAUUUACUUUCUGCCCGAUCGCCUGUUCUAAGUCUCUAUGCCUUGUCAAUCGACGCUCCACAUUCGCCCACGCGCAAAUGCUUCGUUACUCAGUUUGACGAUGAGUUUUGGGUGCAGUAAAUGUUGGCGCUACAUAAGACGGUGUACGGCACCACUUCCUAUUAUUUAGCAAGUAAACCUCCAUCUGAGCAUUCUGUAAAUAGUGUCUGGGAAAGUAUCGUUCUGUGUGCUUCUGGACACAGUGCUGUCUUUCCACUAAAUGAACUCGGAAUUGCUAAUUUUUCUCAGUUAGUGGAUGCUUCCUGGGCUACCUAUUCCAUUCGUUUCGAACACACUGCUCACAGACUUACCAUCGUCUUCCAUUUUGAUGCGCCUUCUGCCGGUCUCCUUUGCAUUUUUGUUCCAUUAUAAAUGCAGAUUAUGCUGUCCCUACCGUUUAUGUUAUAUGCGAUUGUUAUGAAAAUAUAUCUGAUACUCGGCAUUGUUUUAAGACUUGCAUACUGAAAGAUUUUCGUGUCUUUCUGCCAGCUUAAACCGCGUGAAAAGGCGUCUUAUGCAUCGGCGGAGGCUCUGCGUGCGAAGUUUCAGGAACAUCCCGAAGUGCGCAAAAUUCUUCGAAACCGUCACGUCCCCAAGGCAAUCUUGGUGGCCACCAAUGAACACAAAAUUAUCCGUGCUAAGGAACGCCGGAAACAGCGAAACGUUCGGGUCUUUAAUCACUCCCAGGAGCCUAUUCCAUCUGAGAAGGAGAAGCAUACCGCUGCCGUGUACAAAUAA